ACUGUGUUGGACUUGGGGUUUCGGUUUCUCUUUCUUUUUCCAAUCUAAUAGCAGAGAAAGAAAGGCAAGCACAAUAUAUAUAUAUAUAUAUACAUACAUAUUUUUAUUUUUUGUUUUUCUGUUCAAUUGUUAAAAGGAAGAGAGAAGAAUGGCAGAUUCGAAAUCUGGAAGUGGUUUGAGAUGUCAUCACUGUGCGGGUCCUCUAUCACAGGACAUGGAAACCAGACGGUGGAACAUCCCGCCACUCAUUAGGGAUAGCUUUUCAAUGAUUGGGUCUGCUGUUGGUGGUACAACAAGUGCUUUUUACGGAUUCAACAAUGUGAUGCCAAUUGUCCGGAGAUAUGUAAGAGGACCUAUGUGGUUGCACUUUCUCAUUGGGGCACCACCAGUGAUAGUAUUCUCUUCGGCUUGUGCUGGUUUGGCAGGUGGUGCAGUUCCAGCCUUGGCCCAACUUGCUUCUUCAUCGUAUCACGCCGCAGUCUCUUCUUCGUCAUUGCCUCCUUCCCAUUCGCAAGAUGAUAAUAUGCACAAUUCCAGAACUUCCUCUACCCUUUGAUGUACAGUAUGUUUUCAUGCCGGAAUGUAAGGGCAGCGUAGCUCAUACAUGCCAUACAACUAUUUAGUCUACCUAAUACACACCACAUAGAGUUGCUCCUUGUAAGUUGUGUGGGGUUAAGUAAACACGCUUUUUGGUUUAUACGAACUAGUAUAUGAUACAUAUUAAUAUAAUUUUGGUAAUGUUAAUUUAUUUAUUUUUUUC